AUGUCGUUCCAAGCUCCAUUCAAGUACCUCGCUCUUGUCCUUGCGGCCGCUGGCUAUGCCGUCGCCGAGCCGACCAGACCGGGCUUGACGUACCUAUACAGCCUUAACGGCACACUCGGCGAGCCAUUCACGACGGGAGUAGGCCCACACGGCACGCGCGCCGUCCUUCCUGUUCUCGGUGGCCCGUUUUCCGGCCCUAACAUUUCUGGACAGGUGCUUCCCAUCGGUGCCGAUUGGGGCAUCGUUGACAGCAACGGUCUUUUCUGGGCCGAUGCACGGUACAACUUGCGGACGGAUGAUGGAGCGGAGAUCUUUGUCCAGACAAGCGGGCCUGGACAGCCUGAUGGAACAAAUCAUCUGCGAGUCAUUUUUGAGACGGGCAUGCUCGUUGGUCAAUCCAAAGAUUCGGAUUCUGGCCGUGGCUCCUGA